AUGGCAGCUGCCAAAUACUCCUUAAUCAGAGGAGGCUCGUCCAUAGAGGCAGAGGAGGAUGAAGAGUCAGACCAGCUCCAACCAGGCACCUCCUCUGGGACUUGUGAGCUUUCCAGCUCCCGCUACCCCACUACCUCAACCCCUUUGUCCACCCCUUCUUCCUCCCCCACUUCUCCCCCCUUCAUGUUACCAGCAGAACUCACACAGUGUGGCAGACUGCUGGUGCCGUGGGGCUGGGUUUGGCCCGCUGGAAGCCCGUGUUGGUGUGGGUGUCUCCGCGUGGUCCUGCGGGCCCACGGCGGCGACCCAAUUCCUGGUGGUGGGUUCUUCACAAUCCAGUGUGAAUAUGUGAAGAAGCAGCUUUUAAAAAGGGCCCAGAAUGUGACACCCGCCAAAAAGAAGCAGGGAGCAACUCCUUCAAGAAAGAGGCAACGGGGCAUUAGCUUUGAGAGUAGCAGCAGCCUGGAGUCAUCCACUGAUGACACUGAGUCCAAUGCUUCAACUAUAAUCUUGGAAAGAUCACCACAGUCGACAAGCAGUUCCUCAGAGGGUGAACUGGUGGAUGGGACUGAAACUACUGACAGCCCACAGAACCAGGCAAGACACUACAAAGUUCUGCAGGAGCUAUACAAAUCCAGGCCCCAACCCAACAAGAAGGAUGUUGCCCAGCUCUUGGACCUUGAAUACCAAGCAAGAAGGGCUUGCAUUGACUCUGAUGCUAUGAAAGAGCAGGACAGACCUACCAAAAUUCUUCAAGCAUAUCCCUGCUUCAGAGAAGUGGAUCAUAUAAUGGAUGAACUGCAGAGGAUCCUCAAUCAAGAAAACUCCCACUUCAUACCUGAGCUGAAGAACCGCUGGGGGACCUUAUUCAGAGGAAGACCCCAACUCCUUCCUCCAAGCCAGACCACUCUUCAGCCCUGUCGUCAUUAUGUGCGAGACCAACUGCAUCCUGGCCAUUUGCACAGUGCCUGUGCUCAUCUUUCCAAUAGAGGACAUUGCUGACAGCGUAAUGUACAUAAUGGCAUGCUACUACACUUUUCACCUCACCUACCCGAAAUGCAUAGCCACACUCCUGUCUGUCCUGCAGACAGAGGUACGGAUAGAUGCCAUACACGAAAGAGAUAUGACAUCCUCGUAUAAAAAAGCUAUCGCUGACUGGAAAAGAUUCAUCACUGAGUAGUACAUAAAUAUUAAAUUUGAUGCCUGGUUCCAUUAUUGUUUGCCUUGGGUGAUACAGUUUGUUGAGGUGUCACAAGAAUAUGGCACUGUAUCAAAUGUUUAUUGUUAUGUAUAUUAUUAUACAGUUUACCUUUCAGUUUAGGCUAGUGCAUGCCAUUAUUUCAAGAUAAUGCCUCUAGCAUUUACUUAAUUCAAGAAUAUUUUUCAACAUAUUGAGAAAGUAGGUCACGUGUAUUUCAUUAAAAUCAAGAAAUCUUUACACAAUCUUAUCACAGGUCUCUCACUGGUUUUCUUUCCAGGGUCAUUGAAAUCUUUUGCUUCCUACCUCUGCCAGGCUUGUUCUAUACCUCUCCUUGAAUUUCUCGGUGACACUUCUCAUUUGAGUUCUUGACCCUUGGAAAAAAUUCUGUGAUAACUUUGUAUAUCCUUCUCCUGCUUCCUGAGCAUCAACAAUUCUUUCUUUCAAGU